AUGCCCAGAAAGCCUACGCCUGCUGAGAAACAGAGGGUCAGAACGGGCUGUCUUACCUGCCGCAAGAGGCGAAGGAAAUGCGAUGAGCAGAAGCCGCGAUGUGCCAAUUGUGAAGUCAAAGGAUUCACUUGCAAGUAUGCAUGUGUACAAUUCGUGCCGCCUGCCUCUACAAACGCAUUACCAAGUCGUUAUAGCUCCAUCACUUUCAUCGAUGAAUCGCCAGUAACGCAUUCGUCGAACAAAAAUAAGUCGAAGCAAAGGGAGCCCACCCCAGAGGGAAACGAGAGGGUGGGGUCUACUCCAUCCGUCCAAACCACCUUUGGGGACUUCGGACCAAAUAAAGAGCUUCCACUGCCUGAUUUCGGCCAGAAACUUGUGAGCUAUACGCCGGCUGAGCCGAGGCUGGCACUUUCGUUAUCAUGGCAAGUCCUACUACAAUCCCGAUCAAAUCGAGCCUUACAAGCUACAAUACUAGCAUUCUCAGCAGGACAACGAUCCCUCAUCUCCCUCAAUCACAAUCAAGAUAUUGAUGGACUUCUACGCUUCCGAAAGGAGGCAGAGGAGAGUCUCUCCAUGCAGCCUCAUCUGGAAUUGGGCGACUCGCUGUUCUGGCUCACUUUAAGGAUUGACCUGGCAGCAUCAAUAGCCGUAGAGCAAGCGCCCAUCAUGCCCUUUAGCUCUUUCGUGCAGCGCGAUGGCUCGCCAGUUCACUCCCACCAAAACAUCUCAACGACAAACUCAGUGAAGCAUGCCUAUCGCCACAUACUGUGUCUUCUCGCCCAUGCCCUAUCCCUUCUAUAUGGGGUAUCAGACGUGACGCCUCCGGACCUUGCAGUGCAGUGGACGUAUCUAUGGACCGACUGCCAAAAGUGGUACAACGAGCGCCCGACAGAUACCCAGCAAAUCGUGGACUUCCGGGGUAGCGAAGCAGAUCAAAUUGACCCGGACCACAAUUCAUCAUUUCCUAUCUUGAUUUAUACAACCCCUAUGGCGCUGGCCGCCAAUGUUGUAUAUCACACUAUGUCACUCUUACUCUUGACACACAAACCACGUCUCUUGAAAUCUCUACCAGGCCCACGCUGCUUCACGUCUCACAUAUGGCAUGCCCAGUCGAUUGCUGGAAUCGCCACCAGUAAUGACUCUCCAUAUCAAUGGGAUCCAAUUAUGGUCUCCAGUAUUCUACUGAUCGCGAGAGACAUGACCCAUGAGUCACAACAACUGAGUUUAAUGGGGCGACUUCAGAAAAUAUCGGCGGUGACGGGGAUCAACCUAGUGGAUGAAAUGCGUAUGCUGCAGCGCACUUGGGACGUUGCUCGGUGCGAAGAGCUCGAAGGCGAAGAAAUGAUUUGA